GGCCGGCGGCGGCUGGAGCCGGAGCGCGACGCCACGCGACCGCGGCUUCCAGAGCUCCGCCUGGCUGCCCCACCGCCGCGAGCCCUCCCGAGGCCUGAAGGAGUCCGUACCGUCCUCCCCGGUCGUCGAGUCCUGAGACCGGGGACGCGCGCGGCUCCCUGAGCCUCCGCCGCUUCCUGCUGCGGGCGGGCGGGCGGCCUCCUCCGGCGCCUCCCUCCCUUCGCUGCGGCUCAUCAGGCUCUCGAGCCCGGGGGCGGCCUGUAGCGCGCGGCGCCCGCUCCGGACCGCGCGUCUUCGGACCUUAAGGAGAACAUGCAUUCUGCUUGGACUGUUUGAAAUUCUUAGUUUGGGGUCCCCGCUCGCUUGCUUUUUCCGCCCCGCGGAUCUUCUGAGGUUUUUUUUUUUCCCUCUCUCUUUUUCAUUUUCUCCCUCGGGGCUCUUUUGUAAACCCCCCCCCCCUUUAUGUUCGCCCAGUCUUCCACCCGCUUCUGAGUAGUGGGGGAGGGUUUCGGCCUCGAGGUUCCCGCCCCACCGGGGCCCGGGCGAACAUGGGGGGCAAGCAGAGCACGGCGGCUCGCUCUCGGGGCCCCUUCCCGGGGGUCUCUACCGAUGACAGCGCCGUGCCGCCGCCUGGAGGAGCGCCCCACUUUGGGCACUACCGGACGGGCGGCGGGGCUAUGGGGCUGCGCAGCCGCUCGGUCAGCUCGGUGGCGGGCAUGGGCAUGGACCCCAGCACGGCCGGAGGGGUGCCCUUUGGCCUCUACACCCCAGCUUCCCGCGGGACCGGCGACUCAGAGAGAGCGCCAGGCGGCGGAGGGUCCACGUCGGACUCCACCUAUGCUCAUGGCAAUGGUUACCAGGAGACAGGCGGCGGUCACCAUAGAGACGGGAUGUUGUACCUGGGCUCCCGAGCCUCGCUGGCGGAUGCUCUACCUCUGCACAUCGCACCCAGGUGGUUCAGCUCGCACAGUGGUUUCAAGUGCCCCAUUUGCUCCAAGUCUGUGGCUUCUGAUGAGAUGGAAAUGCACUUUAUAAUGUGUCUGAGCAAGCCUCGCCUCUCCUACAAUGAUGACGUGCUGACUAAAGAUGCGGGUGAGUGUGUGAUCUGCCUGGAGGAGCUGCUUCAGGGGGACACGAUAGCCAGGCUGCCUUGCCUGUGCAUCUAUCACAAAAGCUGCAUAGACUCCUGGUUUGAAGUCAACAGAUCUUGUCCAGAGCACCCUGCUGACUGACCCUGCUGGGCUGGCUUGCUGACUCCUCUCAAAGGUGAGCCCAUACUUGGUGGGGGCUCUGGGCUUACAGAAUCAAGUUUCUGGGCGCUGGGGAGAGGGGCCAGGCUGCCUGAUAUACACCUCUCCAAGAAGAAUGCAGUGAGCAGUUCCCAGGAUGUGGAGGGAUUGAUUUUCCUGGGGAAACACAAGAGAGGGACCGUAGCCCCUCAUGAAGAACUCAGUGCAAAGGUAGACUCCACUCCUUUCCCUGAGGAAAGGCAGAGGAUCCCCUGCAGAGUGCAUGGGCUGAAGCAAGGGAGCCCAGUCGGGCUCUGCAGCUGUCUCCUACUUGCUCACCUCUCGGAGGCUCCCGAGGCUCUGUUUCUUUAGAAAUGGGAGAAUCCCUAAACAGAGGCUGUGGAACGUCCACUGUCCACUGCCCAGUGCUUGUCUGAGAUCUUUCCACUGCUGUUCUUCCACUUGAGGGCUCCGGCCACACUCAGCCCUCCCGUCCACUGCACAGUGUCACAGUAGCAGCAGCCAGCACGACAGCUCCUCCCACACGUGCUCAUCUCCUCCCCCGCACCUGUUCACCUGCUGACCCCUCUCCAGCCCCCACCUGUGCUUUCCGAGGUCUAUGCUGGCAUACUGUCUUUUUCUCUUUCUCCCCCCACCCUUGGCAAUCAGAACAUAAGUCCCAGAAAAACAAUAGCCCAUUUCUACUUCAUUUCACAUCCAAAGAUUUGGGGGGAUUGCCUUUCUUCUCUUUCUCUCCUUGUUCUGUUUUCUUUUGUUAGGUUUAUUUUAUUUAUUCCAAGUAAAUGCCCAGACCAGCUGACGGUGUCAGGCAAAUCAGGGACAUUUGCUCUUUUUACCUUCACCUCAAAAUCUGAUGACAAGGGGAGAAGACAAAGCAAGGGUGAGAGUGAGGCAGGGGACUGGACCCUGGCUUCAGAAUGCAGGUCCAAAUGGCCCACAUGAUGUUUGGCUUCCGGGGCCUUCCUGGACUGAACCAGACGCCCCGGCCGACCAGCCUGCCCUCAGAGGGACACGCUGCUGCCACCGUGAGAUAGAGCAGCAGCUCUCGGCCAGAUGGAGCACGGCUGACUUCUUCCGACCCACACAGGGACAGACAGCCCUGUUCCUGGGAGGAGGCUCCUCGGACACUGCACAGAGCUGAGCUUGGGACACCAGAGGGAACAGGGCACCCCUUCUGCACUGACUUCCAGAAAAUGGUCCUCCCUCCUCCCUGAGGACACCAACUGGAUGAAUGCGAGCCUGAGAGAAGAAUGAAUUGACCUCUAUCCUUCCCCUCACCAUCAACCCAGGAGGGAAAGGGCAUUUUCUUUUUCACCUUUGAAAGGCGUUGUGGGUCUGUCUUUAAAGUGUUUACAACAACAAAAAAUUAUAUAAAAAAAAGUCUAGUGUCGACUGGUGUUUUCCCUCGUGAUGUUUACAGAUUGCUGUUUGCUGCCCAGCUAAAACCCACUCAGUGACAGAACCAAGCAUAGCCAUGUCUUCACUGCUAGCACUCUGAGAGCGGGUGGGCACUCGGUCACUUCCUUCGCCCAACACCCCACUUGACUCUCUGUCAGUAACCUUUCUACUUUGGGGAUUUUUUUGUUUUCUUGUUUUUCUGUCCCAUCUUUCUGGCUUCGUUUUGCACUUUUCUCCUCUUAGUACCCUGGUACCUUGAUUUCCUUGCCAAAAAAAGAAAAGGAAGAUGAAGAAGAUGAAGAAGAGCCCAUCACGGAUGCUUCCCCUUCCAAUCCCAUGUCUUUCCUGCCUUUCCUCCUGGAUCUGGUCCAAUCAGAGGAUUUAACAAUCACAAAUACACUGAAAAAAAGCCUGGACAUUUUUCUUAGGCCCUUGUGGUUUUGUUUUGUUUUCCCUUGAGAAAACAUGAGACUUAUUUAAAGGAACAUGUACUGCUCCCUGUUUUCAGGCACACUGAGAACAUUUUAGCCAUUGAUAUUCACACGUGGCAUCAGCCCAUGCAGGAUAGAUUUCUGUAUUUAUAUAUUCAAAUACAAAAAAAAAAAAACCUUAUAAAAUAUUUUAAAAAUGUUCAAAGCUCGGGAGAAAAGCUUUUCAUCAGUCAAGGUGUUUUGAUAUGGUAUUAAAAUAAUAUCUAUAAAAGAUACACUGUGUGAUCUUAUUUUAAUGAAGUGUUGUACACAGUCAAGGAGUAGAGGGCAGAGACCAGUUCCCUCUGUCUACCUCCCCAGCACAGCACUCUCUUAGCACCUGGAGUGGCUCUUAGCCACACCUGGGCCGAGGCUGGCCGAUGGAGGCUCGGUAUGGCUUUCAAGUUUAUGAAUUCUUAAGUAAUUGUCAGUCUACUGUCAUUGCUGAUUGUGAGGGAAUGUUUCUGGGAAGAUAGUCAGAGGCAAAGAUCUUGCAGUCAUCAGUUGCUGCAAGGAUGUGGGCACCUCCAGGUGCCAGCCCUGCCCACCCUUCACAGCCUCUGCUCCCCGUCUUGUAUUCAGCUUGCCCCAUGCUCCAUCCACAGCUCAGUGCUGACUCAUGGGCAUGCUUCGCUGAGGCCCAGAAAGAGGCCUUGUUUUGGAGCUGUGCCAGCUCACAGUGUCUGAACCAGAACCAGCCACUCAGCUCAUAAACGUUGGCAAAUUGCAGGCUGGGCAGGAAACUCAGGGCAGGGGCGGCAGUGCAAACCUGCCCCGUCUCCUAGCCAGGUUCCAGGAGUUGCAUUUCAGGGCCUCCUGCAGAGCCAGCUAAGGAAAGCUCUGGAGGGAGAUGGCUACAUAUCUGUGCCAUGGCCAUUUCCAGACCUGCCCCUUGUACUGCUGCCUCAGGGCCCAGUCCCAACAGGCCCUCAAAUUUGGACUAUGCUACCAUUCUUGGUCUGAGGUCACCUAGCCUCAGAUGCCUCCUGAAGUACCUACUCAGUGCGGACAUUGUCGGCCAGUGGGCACGUGCGAGCCCAGGCAGGCAGGCAGGCUCAGAGAGCUGAAUGCUUUAGAGUCUGAGUGUUGAGACCUCGGGACCUGAGCUGUGAGCACUGUUAAUACUAGAAACUACAUUGUCUAUGCUGGGGCAUUUUACUUCCUGGCAGAAUGGUGAGGCAGUAACUUCAUCUGAACUUGAUUCCUUGCAUGUGAAGUGGGGACACAGUGAUGCAGCUCAGAGUGAGGGUCAGGGAUCUGCCCCAAAGGCCUGGCACAUACACAGCAGGCUUCCUUGUAGCUUUGUCACUGCAAAGGGCACUGUUCUAUCCCCAGCACCUCCAGCUUCUGCCUGGCAACUGUGUCUCCCUGUUCUAUAUAUAAUCCUACCAGCAGAACUGGCAGGGCAGGGCCCAGCCCUGAAAGCAAUCUCCUUGCCUGACCUCUGGGCCUGGAGACAGGCUUCAUGUGCCCACCUUGGCUAUGUGAGCCCAGCUGCUUUGGCGGAGCUGUGGCUGAGUCCGGUGGUUGAGUUGGUUGGGGCAGCGCUGGGCCCCACUCCGGGUGCUAUUCUAGGCUCUCUAGGCGGUGCUCAUCUCAUCCCCAGUGACUUCCGCCCCCACCCGGCACACCAAAGCCCUCUGUUGGCUGUCACGUCCACUGGAUUUGGACCCAGAUUGUUGGUGCCUGGUGUGAGGGUGGAAUAGGCUUGUCUGGGCUUCCCAGGUGGCACUUGUAUUUGUCACCUGCCAUCCAGACCACUCUCUAGAACCCUCUGUUGCUCCUGCUCUGCCUUUCUAAGAGGGAGGAAAAUAUGGAAGAGCCAAAAGAUGGGUUCUUCCCCUUUGCGCCAGGAGCCCAGAAGGCCUUCUGAGAGCUCCAGGAGCCCCUUUUGGAAACCGCCUAUCUAACAGCCAUUUAAUAGUAUUGAAGCUCAUAGGAGAAUGUCCUUCUUAGGAGAUAGAUGCUGAACUAUAUAGUUGAGUGAUUUCAAGCAAUGUAUAAUCUAACUCCAAAUGGUUCCCCC